UUCGAUGAUGAAGUACGGGCUUUAAUACUUUUGUCUUCCCUACUAGAAAGUUGGAAUGCUACGGUCACAGCUGUGAGUAGCUCAUCGGGAAGCAAUAAGUUGAGAUUUGAUAUUAUUCAAAAUUUGGUUCUCAGUGAAGAGAUCCGGCGGAGAGAGUUGGGUGAACCAUCGACCUCUUCUGUAUUGCAUACAGAGUCAAGAGAACGAAGUUCAACCAAAAAAAGCAGACACAACAAAUCAAAGGGGAGAAGAUCCAAGUCCAGAAAUCAUCGCAGUUCCCAAAACUCGAAGUUGAUCGAGUGUUGGAAUUGUGGGAAGACCGAACACUACAGAAACCAGUGCAAGCAGAGCAAAGAUGAGUCUUGGGUGUUAGACUCGGGAGCAUCCUUCCAUGCUACCUCACAGAAGGAACUAUUCAAAAAUUAUGUUCUUGGAAAUCUUGGUAAAGUUUACCUUGGUAAUGAGCAAUCAUGUGCA